AUGCUUACAUCCGUAACAACCUACUUUCGGGAGCGCAAGGAUAGUAUACAACGCAAUGCGUACGUCGUGGGAGGGGCUUACCUCGCCUGGAAGCACAUAGCAGGCCGAAUCAAGGAGCUCCGAGAUGUACAGCUGAUACAGAAGUUUGCUGAAGAUAGCAUUCACCGGAGGUUUAUUCGGAAUGAGUCUGACAUCAACUUCACGAUUAUGAAACUGCUGCCUACGCUGAACGAGCAGAUCCUGGAUGGCAUGGAUGUCGAAGCAAUAACCUCAGAGCUUCAAGAGAUGGUCAAGUUGAAGAAGGCUGCUGAAGAGGCUGCUCCAACAGAGCAAGAAGCGUCCCCCGAGCCGUCCACCUCGAGCACAUCUCCAACCGACGCCCGUUCAGAGAGCGGCUCGGUGUCGGUCAUCUCGUCUGGCCAGGGCGAUGUAACAGCAACCUCGGAGCUUGGAGCCAGUUGGGUGGACAACAUGUCGACUGGUCAGGCAUCGCAGCCGCAUGAGCCCUCGACUUCCACCAGCGCACAUGAAUAUCAACGCAACUCUUCCCCAGAGUCGUCGAAUAUAGGAACAGACCUAUCAGAAUCGUUUAUAAGCAAUAGCUCAGUGAGCUACGGUGAUAUUGCGCCCGCGCCACAAACGUUCACGAGGAGCAAAGCGGAACUGUGGAAAGAAGUCAAGAUGCUGACCCUUACACGGACAUUAACUACCCUAUACUCUAUGACAUUGCUGUCUAUGCUUGUCCACAUUCAACUGAACAUCUUAGGGCGUAGAAAAUACACUCUCCACGUGAUAAAAAUGGCACAUGACGAGAAACGACGAGAUGCAGCUAAAGAUGCGUCCUCGCUACUCAACCUCGUCUGUGGCUUGAAAGAAGAUGAUGUCUACAAGGAGGAGGAUAUCCGCCACCUUUCACCUGUACAAGAAGAGCAGGAAAGGAAGUUCCUUACCCUUAGUUGGUGGUUAUUGCACGUGGGAUGGAAGGAUGUUGGUGAGCGCGUGCGGAGGGCAGUAGAAGAGGCAUUCGAAGACGUUGGUCUGAAGCAGAAGCUAUCUGCGAGCGAGCUCCAUCGUCUAAUGCGCGACGUUCGGCGAAGAGUAGAGUUCGAGAUUACUUUCGAGGGCACAGAGCGGCAAACGAACUUCUCCUCGACGCUCCUGCCACCAACAGACGAGAUGCUACGGCACGCACUCAUCCAGGGCGGGAUCCACGUCCGGUCCGCACUCAUGCCCGACAGCACUUUCGACGCGCUCCUCGCUGAAACGCGUAUGCACAUUGCCUCGGGCUCGUUUGCGCGCGUGCUCGCGACAUGUCUCGACAAGGCUACGGACGUCCUUCUUACCGGCGUUGAAUCCAACGUAUUCGGGAAUCCUGACGCGCAGGGUGCCGCAUGGGAAGAUCCGAACGCGGCGCUCGGUCAGGAGCCGCGCGUCCGCCUCGCGAAUAUGCUCCCGCCCCUCGCACGGUGGAGCCGCGUCGCGCUGGAGGCGAACCCGAACGAGCUGAUCGAUGGGCUGGGAUCGUUACGUGAGGUGCAUGCAUUCAACGCGGUGAUCUAUACCAACUAUGAAGAUUGUUUUCAGCCAUGA